UCAUUGAGAAGAGAGAAUGGUGACUGUGUCUCCAGCUUCACCUUGCCAUGCAGGAUCCUCAGUUUGAGAACAAGAACUGACAACAUGGGAACCAGUGAGUUGCUUAUAGGAAUGACUUUCUUCUCUCUGACUAUAAUUGGAAUUCUAGGGAAUUUUACUCUCCUAUACCACCUUAUAUAUAUUUACCUAACAAGGUAUAGGUUAAGGUCUACAGACUGGGUUCUGAUGCACUUGAUUGUGGCUAAUAUCUUAACUGUACUGUGUAAAGGUGUGCCCAAGACAAUAGCCUCUUUUGGGUUUAAAGACAUUUUCAAUGAUAUUGGAUGUAAACUGUUUACUUUUGCACACAGAGUCAGUAGGGGUGCUAGUAUUGGCAGCACCUCAUUUCUUAGUGUAUUUCAGGCUAUCAUCAUCAGCCCCAGGACCUCAAGGUAUUCAGAACUUAAGGUAAGGUCACACAAGUGCAUUCAUUGCUGUGUGUACCUCAACUGGGUAAUUCAUUUAUUUACAAGCAGUUUAUUUUUUGUGCACUUGAGGGCAAAACAUGGCAACGAAAGCACAACAAACCUGAAAUCUUUUUUAUACUGCUAUGCUGCCCGGCAUGAUCCAACCAGUGACAUGCUAUAUGCCACAUUACUGUCAGGUCCUGAUAUGGUUUUGCUGGGUCUCAUGCUAUGGGCCAGUGGCUCCAUGGUUCUCACACUGUACAGGCACAAGCAGAUGAUGAAAUACAUGUCAAGAACCAAUGCUUCUUCUAGAUCCUCCCCUGAGUCCAGAGUCACUAAAACCAUCCUUCUCCUGGUCAGUACUUUUAUCUCUGUUUACACAAUUUCUUCCCUUGGUCAAUUCUUUGUAUCUGUCGUGUAUAAUCCUAGCUGGUCUCUGUUGAAUAUGGCUGAAAUGUCCUCUCUGCUUUUCCCUACUCUUUGUCCCUUUCUUCUCAUGAGCCAAGACUAUCGGUCAUUCAGUUACUUGAAAAGGAAUAGACAUUUCCCCAAGCCCUCUGACCAAGAACAGAAUUGA